GCCGUCCAGCUGGAGGCGGAGCGAGCCCAAAAUGGCGGCUCUCAGGCUGGCGCGCUCUGUGCUGCUGAGGCUUUGAGGUGGUCGCCCCGGGUCGCAAGGGGGACGAUUUCCCCGCCGCGGGCCCCCCUAGAAUGAAUCGGGGGCUUUGCUGAGAUCAGGCGGCGGGGCUGGAGAGCAGUGGCAGCAAAGGGCUGCGGUGGCGUCCACGCAGCGGGAUGUGCGAGAGUUACUCCAGGUCGUUGUUGAGGGUCUCGGUGGCGCAGAUCUGCCAGGCGCUGGGCUGGGACUCGGUGCAGCUCAGCGCCUGCCACCUCCUCACCGACGUGCUGCAGCGCUACCUGCAGCAGCUGGCCCGGGGCUGCCAUCGGUACUCUGAACUCUAUGGCCGAACAGACCCCAUUUUGGAUGAUGUUGGUGAAGCUUUCCAACUUAUGGGGGUUAAUCUGCAUGAAUUAGAAGACUAUAUUCAUAAUAUUGAGCCUGUCACCUUCGCCCAUCAGAUUCCUUCAUUUCCUGUUAGCAAGAACAAUGUCCUUCAGUUCCCGCAGCCUGGGAGUAAAGGUGCCGAGGAGAGAAAAGCGCACGUUCCCGAUUACCUGCCACCCAUCGUGUCUUCUCAAGAAGAGGAAGAAGAAGAGCAGGUACCCACUGAUGGGGGCACCUCCGCAGAAGCCAUGCAAGUUCCCUUGGAAGAAGACGAUGAACUGGAAGAGGAGGAAAUCAUUAAUGAUGAGAAUUUCCUGGGUAAGAGACCAAUGGACAGUCCUGAGACUGAAGAGAUGCCGGCCAUGAAGCGACCCAGACUCUUGAGCACUAAAGGGGACUCCUUGGAUGUUGUACUGUUGGAAGCCCGAGAGCCUCUCAGCUCAAUAAAUGCACAGAAGAUCCCGCCAAUGCUGUCUCCCGUGCAUGUCCAGGACAGUGCGGACCUAGCCCCUCCAUCACCAGAGCCCCCAAUGCUGGCUCCAUUUGCAAAGGCACAGUUACCAACGGCAAAGCCAUUAGAAGCAAAGUCCUUCACACCCAAAACAAAGACUAAAACUAGCUCUCCGGGACAGAAAACUAAAUCACCUAAAACUAUCCCAUCGCCAGCAAUGGUGGGAAGUCCUAUUCGGUCACCAAAAACCAUCUCCAAAGAAAAGAAGUCACCUGGACGCUCUAAGAGCCCCAAAAGCCCCAAGAGCCCCAAGAUUAUGUCUCAUACCCCCCAGCCCCCUGCCAGACCAGAAACACCAAACAGGACUCCUUCAGCUACGGUGAUUGAAAAAUCUGGUAAAGAGACCAUCCAGGUAAAACCAAUACAGACUCCCCCCGAUGCCGGGAGACUGAACAACGAGUCACAGCCGAAAAAGCCUGUCGUCACUGACAAAACCAUCGACGACUCCAUCGACGCUGUGAUCGCUCGAGCCUGUGCUGAGCGGGAGCCAGAUCCCUUCGAGUUUUCCUCUGGAUCGGAAUCCGAAGGAGACAUUUUCACCAGCCCUAAGAGAAUUUCAGGUUCGGAGUGCACCACUCCGAAAGCGUCCACCUCCUCGAGUACCUUCACCAAGUCAGGACCCACUCCUCUCCCUGUCUCAGGCGGGACUUCAAGUUCGGAUAACUCAUGGACGAUGGACGCCUCCAUUGAUGAGGUGGUACGGAAGGCAAAACUGGGGACCCCUCCCGGUGCGCCUCCCAGCUUCCCUUACGUCUCUUCUCCCUCAGUUUCUCCUCCCACUCCGGAACCUCUCCACAAAGUGUAUGAGGAGAAAACCAAGCUGCCUUCCUCAGUAGAGGUAAAGAAGAAGUUGAAAAAAGAGCUGAAGACUAAGUUGAAAAAGAAAGAAAAGCAGAGAGAUAAGGAGAGGGACAGAGACAAAAGCAAAGAGAAGAGCAAAGAGAAAGAUAAAGUGAGAGAGAGAGAAAAGGAGAGGGAGGCCGGCAGGGAGGCCAAGUACCCGUGGAAGGAGUUUCUGAAAGACGAGGACUCCGAUCCCUACAGGUUUAAAAUCAAGGAAUUUGAAGACACAGAUCCAAAAGUGCGAUUGAAAGACGGCAUUGUGAGGAAGGAGAAGGAGAAGCAUAAAGACAAGAAGAAAGAGCGAGAGAGAAGCAAGCGAGACAAGGAGAGGAGAGAAAAGGAAAGGGCCAGAGACAAGGGCAGAGAAGACAGGCCCAAGGCCCCGGCCACACCGCUGCUCUUACCCCCGAAGGAAAUGGCGCUGCCGCUGUUCAGCGCUCCUGCCGCAGUGAGAGUUCCAGGCCUGCUGCCCGCCUUGUCACCAAUGCUGCCAGAAAAACUGCUGGAGGAAAAAGAGAAACCCAAGGAGAAGGAGAGAAAGAAAGAGAAAAAGGAGAAGAAGAAAAAGAAAGAGCGGGAGAAGGAGAAGGAAAAGAAGGAGAGGGAGAGAGAGAAAAGGGAGAGAGAGAAGAGAGAGAGAGAGAAGGAGAGGCACAAGCAUGAAAAGAUAAAGGUGGAGCCAGUUGUUCCAGCCCCAAGUCCGGUUAUCCCCAGGUUGACGCUGCGAGUCGGUGCUGGCCAGGACAAGAUUGUCAUCAGCAAGGUGGUCCCAGCUCCUGAGGCUAAGCCAGCCCCUUCCCUGAACCGACCAAAAACCCCACCACCAGCCCCAGUCCCUGUCCCUGUGCACGUGAGCCCCUCUCCUCUGCCACUGCCACUGCUUGCACAGGCCGCAGCGUGCCCAGCUCUGAUGCCAUCCCCAGCCCCUGCCAUCUCUGGAGCAGGAAGCUCCAAAGCUCCUGUGCGAAGUGUGGUGACGGAGACAGUAAGCACUUAUGUGAUCCGUGAUGAGUGGGGCAAUCAGAUCUGGAUCUGUCCGGGGUGUAACAAGCCUGACGAUGGGAGUCCCAUGAUCGGCUGUGACGACUGUGACGACUGGUACCACUGGCCCUGUGUUGGAGUAAUGGCCGCCCCACCAGAAGAAAUGCAGUGGUUCUGUCCCAAGUGUGCCAACAAGAUAAAGAAAGACAAGAGGCACAAGAAGAGGAAGCACCGCACGCAUUGACGUCGGACCGGCGGGACCGCAGCGCAGCGUGCCUGCUGCCCCUGGCCCUCUGGACAGAGUCGGGGCGGUUCUGCCGGCCCGGCCCGUCUCCCCAGGCCCUGUGGAUGAUGCACCCGGAAAGAGCAAGGACAAGAGCCGCCAUCUGCUCCAGAUGUCCCCUUCUGGAACACACUACCUGAGGUUCCGACCUCGAGGUGUGAUUGAAGAAAAACUCCAGUGGAGGCUGGCCCAAGGUCUGCACCUCCAUCAUCCCAUUACCACUGACGGGAGUAGUACUAGCCAGACCACACGUCUUCCUCCUGCUUUCCUUUCAUCUCUCCAGGGCCGUUCAUGAAGGCGAUAGGUGAGAAGGUGAUGUACAGACGGCCUCCACUGGAACUUAAGGAUGGCAUCGUCCUCGUCUGUAGGGUUUGCAAUUCUUCUCCCCCCAUUGUGAGGUAAUCAUAACAAAAGGACACUCCAGUUGGAGGACUGACUGCUAAAUAUUUUUGUGGGUAAGAAUAUAUGAAGCUUCCCCCACUUCACCCCGUUUUUAGUACUAACAUGUAAAAUGUUCAGGC